AUGGUAAGAAGUAACAAAACUACAACCGUCAACGAGUUUCUCUUCUCUGGAUUCCCCGGGUUGGAACAUGGUAGCCUUUUCUUCUUCAUGCCUUUGUGUGUCAUCUACAUAUUCAUCGUUAUUGGGAAUCUCAUUGUGUUUGUUGCAGUCAGGAUGGACACUCGCCUCCACAACCCCAUGUAUAACUUCAUCAGCAUUUUCUCAUUUCUGGAGAUCUGGUACACCACUGCCACGAUUCCCAAAAUGCUCUCCAACCUCAUCAGCCAGCAGAGGACCAUCUCCAUGACUGGCUGCCUCUUGCAGAUGUAUUUCUUCCAUUCACUAGGAAAUUCAGAGGGGAUUUUGCUGACCACCAUGGCCAUAGACAGAUACGUUGCCAUCUGCAAUCCUCUCCGCUACCCAACCAUCAUGACCCCCCGACUGUGUGCUCAGCUCUCUGUAGGCUCCUGUGUCUUCGGCUUUCUUGUGUUGCUCCCGGAAAUUGCAUGGAUUUCCACACUGCCUUUCUGUGGACCUAACCAAAUCCAUCAACUCUUCUGCGACUUUGAACCUGUGCUGCGCCUGGCUUGUACGGACACUUCCAUGAUUCUAGUUGAGGAUGUGAUCCAUGCUGUGGCCAUCAUCUUCUCGGUCCUGAUUAUUGCCCUCUCGUAUAUCAGAAUCAUCACUGUCAUCCUGAGGAUGCCUUCUGUCGAAGGCCGCCAGAAAGCCUUUUCUACCUGUGCGGCCCAUCUUGGUGUCUUUCUGAUGUUUUAUGGCAGUGUAUCCCUCAUGUACCUGCGUUUCUCAGCCACGUUCCCACCAAUUUUGGACACAGCCAUUGCACUAAUGUUCGCAGUUCUCGCUCCCUUUUUCAAUCCCAUCAUCUAUAGCUUGAGAAAUAAGGACAUGAAGAUUGCAAUAAAGAAGCUUCUCAGCUCUCAGAGGAUGGAGGUAUCCACAGCUUGA